UAUAAAACGAAAAAAAGUUCAAAUUAUAAACAUUAUCGUAAAGGUGUUUGGGAAGUAACAAUGAGGACAUCGGCUAUUGUGACUCUUUUGUUGAUUCAUAUAUAUCUAGCAAACGGUCAUUCGUAUCGGUAUGAUAGAAACAAGAAAGUGUUCAGAUCUAAAGUGAAGAAACGUCUCCUAGAAGAUUUCUCACGUAAGAAACGUCUCCUGGAAGAUUUCAAGAAGUCAUCAGGUCCAUGUCCACCUGUGGCAUGUGAACAGGAAUUUAUUCCUGACGAAUGUCGGAUGAAAACCUAUUUCUAUAAAAACGGUUACAAAUGUCAAGGAUGUGACAAUAACAAAUGUACAAAAAGGGUUACAGAUUUAAAACGUUUGGUGAAAAAAAUACAUUCAAUAAAACAGAAAAAUAUUAGAACGAUUCAACAAAAAACAGUCAAAGUUAUUGAAGUCCAUGCUGAAAAAGAGGAAAGAAGACCAUCUAUCCGAGAUAAUUUCCCAGACAUUUUAGUUCGAAGGCCUUUUGAUAAUGUUCACCAUACAGAUAACUUUCCAGAAUCGUCUGAUCGAUUGCAUCCAGACACCCGCAGCAAUCUAGGUUCUUUAUCUGAUUCAGCUGUUCGGCUUCCCCAAGACAACAUUCGAAGGCGAGGUUCUUUAUCCGAUUUGUCCGUUCGAUUGCCCCCAAACAAUAUUGGAAGUCUAGGUUCCUUUUCUGAUUCAUCCAUUCUAGUUUCCCCAGAUAUCUUACGAAAUGAAGAAUCUUUAUUUGAUAAUUCAGUGCGGCUGCGCCAAGACAACGUUGUGAGUCGUGAUCCUACACCCGAUUCAUCAGUUCGAUUGUUUCAAGAUAACGUUGAACCUUUAAGUCCAUUUCCAGGCUCGUCAGUUCGGUUACCAGCAGACAGUGUCGGACCAAACGAUACCCCAGUUGCUCCACCACCACGACCAGUUUCUCCGGUUCCUGCUACACAACCAGAUUCCCCGCUACCUGCAAUUCUACAAGACUUGCCGCCACCUGCUGCACGACCAGAUUCUCCUCUACGUACAAUAUUACCAGACUUGCUGCCACCUGCUGCACUACCCGUUUCACCGCCAGUUCAACCAAUUAUAAUACCUGACAUUGGACAACAAAUAAGAGAUCCUCUAGCUGUUCUUAAUGCGCCUCCAUCUGACAAUGACUUCGCUAACAGAGUAAGAUUUGACAGCAGUAAUGCAAACUUGUUACUACCACCAGUUGAUUCAAGUUUAACUGAAAAUGUUCAGAAUCCAUUGAUGAAUCAAAAUACAAUGCAGAAUCCGUUUUUACAAAAUAUCCCAGCACCAAUUCAAGGUCAACAAAAUAAUAAUCUUUGGCCUCAAACUCCGGGGUUUAUGCCUCAAAAUUUACAAGGUGGAGGUCAAUCCCCUGAAAUGCAAUUGGUUCAAAAUCAGCAGAUAUUGGACCAACUCAGAGGACAACAAGCUGCAUUAGAAUUUCAAAUACAACAAUUAAGAGGUCAGCAGCAGGUUCCAGCAUUUGGACAAUUCCCUAUGCCUCAGUUUCCUACUGGUGGAAUACCACAGACUCAACAAGGUUUUCCUAAUAAUGGAAUUCCUCCAAAUUUUCAAGGUUUUCCAGCCAAUGGAGUAAAUACAAAUCUACAGGGACAAGGAUUCCCGGGUUUUGUACCACAAGGAUUCCAAGGUUUUGGACAAAACACAAACCCGUUUAUGACUGGAAUGCAACAACCAGUUUCAAACCAAAAUUUAGGACCUAACCCAAACGGUCAAGUUUCUCAGUUCCUAAACCAGUUGCCUCCUGUUCCAGGCAUUAAUUCUAACUUUCAAGGUCAAGUACCUUUGAAUGGAAACUUUCCAGGGCAAGUGCCUUUAAAUGGAAAUUUUCCAGGUCAACCGCCUUUAAAUGGAAAUUUUCCAGGUCAAGCGCCUUUAAAUGGAAACUUUCCAGGACCUGCGUUAACCGCCUCAAACCCAUGGGCAUCUGUUCAAGGAUUUGUGAAUCAAGGCCAAAGUAAUGUACAAACAUCAAAUACAGGUGGUUUUGUUGAUCCCGUAACAAACCAAGCUUUACCGGCAAGCUCUAACAGUUUUCAUGGUCCCAUUGCUCAACAGUAAUUACAUUUAUUGUUUGUUAUUUUAUUAACUCUGAAUUGACUACUUAUUUAUUUGGCAAGUAGAUUACAAGCAUACAUAGAAAUCCAUACUUUUAUUUUAUAAAAUAAAAAUUAUUAUUUAGUUCAUAAUCUUAUUGAUUGACCAUCAAUGCAAUCGAACAUAAUUUGGCCUGUACCUUUUCAUUAGAGCGGUACUGCUGAAUUUUAUUUAUGACAAACCGUACAUAUGACGCACAAAUUUACA